AUGAAUCCUGAAGAGGAUAACGACGACUCGGUAUCGUUAAGCGAUGUCUACGCAAAUCCCGACGGAUAUAUCAUUAUUAAGAAGAGUCCCAUCGGAUCCACCGUUUUGAAAGACUUAUUAGGCAAGAGAAAGCGUAAUGUUGGGGGAGUUGUCCUAAAAGACUUAUUGGGAAAGAAGAAACGCGUUUCAGUAGUCGGCGGAACCGUUCUUAGUGUUCAGAUUCUACACAACCGCUAA